UUCUAUUAUUACAUAGUACUAUAUAUAUAACACAAGAACUAGAGUUACUUCGAAUUUGGGGAUGGCGGACAUGCAGAUAGUACCGGCUGGCAGAAAUGUAGAACCUCAGUAUGUGGAAAUGAUGGUGCCUCUCUACUCUUAUGGUUGUGAGAGAAAAGUCAAGAAAGCUCUUUCCCAUAUCAAAGGGAUAUACUCAGUGAACGUGGAUUUCGAACAACAGAAGGUGACAGUAUGGGGAAUAUGCAACAAGUAUGACGUGCUAACCACAGUAAGAAGCAAAAGAAAAGCAGCUCGUUUCUGGAAUGCUGAGGACAAGGCUGGUGUAAUGCAAGAAUCGGAAACAGCUUCAGAUUCUUCAUCAACCCCACCUUCUCGGCACAGAUUUAGAGCCUCUGCACCACCUUUGGCUCUCUUAAGGACUCGAUCUCUAAGCUGGAGAGCUUUAAAAAAGGCCUUCACAAGAACAUACUCAUUCUAAAAUUACGUGCCCUCUUGCCCCGCCAUAAAAGAAGGAAUGUGUGAGCAUUAAUGUAACUUUUCUUUGUAAAUAGUUGCCACUUAUGUUGGCUAUUCAGUUUUCCCAUCUUCUUCGCUUUCUGUGGCACAAACAACCGUUUAUGUUUUGAUUGGCAAAAACUGUUAACAUACAAUUCAGCUGUCAUUUUGCCUCAUUUUCAAGCUACUCAUCUCACUUGUAGUUAA